CAAUUAAAUACUACUCCAUCAUACUUACAUUAAUAGAAAUUAAUGUAUACAAACUGAUCUCUCUACAGCUGAAAGAUGGCAGCAACACGAAGCAUUAGUUGCGUGAAACAUCUUGCAGAAUCACCCAAUCUCUCUUCUAUCCCAUCCAAUUACAUCUACCACACCGAUCCUGCUGAAACUGAAGUCGAAGCUUCAAUUCCGGUUAUCGAUUUUUCGCUUCUCACCUCUCACAACCCUCAUCACAAGGCCGAAGCCAUCCAUGAUCUCGACCAAGCUUGUCAAGAUUGGGGCUUCUUCAUCCUGGUAAAUCAUGGCAUGCCGGAAGAGUUGAGGCAGGGCGUGCUUGAAGCCGCGGCUGAAUUUUUCAAUCUGUCCGAAGCGGAGAAACCGGAAUUCGAACCCGAAAAUGUAUUGAGCCCGAUUAGGUACGGCACCAGCUUUAAUGCUGCAACUGACAACGUCUUUUGUUGGAGGGAUUUUUUGAAGGUUUUUGUGCAUCCUCACUUCGCCUCUCCUCACAAACCCCAAUCUCUAAGACAAUUGCUACCGGAAUAUUGUGAACGAAGCCGUGAUGUUGUAUCGAAAUUGUCGAAAGCUAUAUCACAAAGCCUAGGGUUGGAGGAAACGGAAAUGGAGACGGAAUUGGAAUUGAGGUCAUCGUUACAAAUUUUCGUCGCAAAUUACUAUCCACGCUGCCCUAAUCCAGAAGCGGCAAUGGGGAUCCUGCCACAUUCCGACCACGGCCUUUUCACACUUCUCAUACAAAACGACGUCGGUGGCCUUCAGAUUCAGCAUCACCAAAGAUGGUUUAAUGUAAACCCUCCUCCUAACUCCAUACUAGUCAACACCGGCGAUCAUCUUGAGAUAUUUAGCAAUGGAAAGUACAAGAGCGUAUUGCACAGGGCCGUUGUGAACGAUAAAACGGCGAGGAUUUCCAUUGCGACGGCAAAUGGGCCGUCUCUAGACGCAGUGGUAGCCCCUGCUCGUCGGCUUGUGGAAGGCGAAGGCGGUGCGGUGGCGGUCUAUGCUGCGAUGAAAUAUAAGGAUUAUCUAUUGGAACAACAGAGUGGCCAGCUUGAUGGGAAAACUAUGUUGAAACGAGUUCGGAUUCAAGACUAGUAAACUUCUAGAAGCUUCUGGAAAUAUCAUGCUAUUAUUUAUUCCUCGUUGAUCAUUAUAUGAUUGGUAUAUAAUCAAAUAAAUCAAGAUUGUGAGGGUUA